AUGAGAAAACUAGAGAAAAUGGCAGUUUCAAAUGAUUCAGAAAUGAAGAUUGAUGUGCAACCAGAGCCUAGUGUGGACCCCAACGCCCCGAGAACCGGUGCCCGUGGUUCCGGUGCCAGUGCCGCCGGGGUCCUACAACUGUGGAAGAGGAAAGAUAUGCUAAAAAGAGGCUCAUUGGGGUUUAGAGGAAUUGCUCUAUUUUUCUCUUUGAUUUCCUUCAUCCUUGUGGCUAGUAACAACCAUGGUGAUUGGAAAGAAUUUGACAAGUACCAAGAAUACAGGUACUUGCUGGCUGUGGCAAUUAUAUCUAGUUUGUACACUGGAGUCCAAGUGUUUCGUCAAGUUCAUGAACUUUCCAUAGGAAAAAGCCUGCUUCAGCCAAGAAUUUCAGGGUUGAUUGAUUUUGUUGGAGAUCAGGUUGUGGCAUAUCUCUUGAUAUCAUCUGCAUCUUCAGCGAUUCCAAUAACAGAUAGAAUGAGGGAAACCGUUGACAAUAUAUUUACGGAUUCUUCAGCUGCAGCCAUUUGCUUCUCCUUCUUUGCCUUUCUGUGUGUAGCACUGUCAGCUGUUAUAUCAGGACACAACCUUUCUGCUCAAACUUAUACAUGA